CGUAUAGUCGGCGAGCCUGGCGUGGACUUUGGUCAGUUUUGUUGUGACCGCGAAUCUAGACGGUGGCCGCACAAUUGAAAAAAGUAACUGGACUUCGAGCUCCAAACGGAAUCGAGUGGCCUCAGCAGGUGAUAAUUGAGGUUGGACAGUUUUUCAGGGCCGUUUGUGGGCAUUAGAGCCUUGUUGUUUGUGGUGUUCAGUGAGAUUGUUUUUUUUUGUGCUCUGAUGUGGUGUUAAUUAGUGCUGCUUACUCAAGUUCAAGCUGGAAUUGCAGACCUUGGUUGAGCCAAGUCUCCUGUAGUUCUAUAGGACUGCCUGUUGUGGUAUUUUCCGAGAAGGGUUCAGCAAACUUGGGACAACGAGCUCGAACAGAUAUUAGCCAUAAAUUAGAACCUUCGUUUUUCACCCAAGAAACGGGACACCCUCAAAGUGAUUUACCAAGUUGUGUGCAUCAGCAUAAAAAAGAAGAAAAAAGCCCCGCGUUGAAGAGUGAGUUUAAAAGUGCUUAAAUUAGACAAUUACCGACGACGUUCGCCAGGACCGACCACCCGUCGGCGGAACGAGCAAGUUUCCCGCAGCGUCCGCCUUUCGCCGGGGAAAAAAGUGAAACUCGAAACUUGGAGAGGAAAAACGAGAGCGAGAAAGAAGGACACCCGGAAAAUGGGUUGCGCCAGCAGUUCGCCCCUAAUCAACGGCGGUGGCCCCGGCGGGAUCGUCGAGUCCGCGAAGGAAACGGCCACCAAGACCGCCAACGACGUUCUGCACGCGGGCGAGUCGGCAAUACACGACGUUGGCGAGCAGGUGAAAGGAGCAGUUCAAAACGUGGCCAGCGAAAUCGAAGGCGUCUUGGGAGGCAAAAAAUCCACCAAAGAAGACUCGGAUCACAUGAACGACAGUGAACAUCCGCAGAUAAACGGCAAUGACAGCUCGGAAUUUAAGAUCAUCCCCCUCAAAGACAAGCAAGCAAGUUUGGACGAAAACAUGGAAAACAUGAAAAACAACAUGCUUACAAAGGCGCAAAGCUUCGGCGACGAAGCGGACAAGAUGGCGGACGACAUCAUGAAGGAAACGGAGGACCUCAUCCGGGACGCGGAAACCGGAAUCGCGGAUUGCGCCAACGAAAUGACCACCCGGAUCACGUCCUCCGAGGACGGCACGAUCGAAAUUCUCAACUUGGAAGGUAACCAACCGCACUCACUCACUCCGACACACUCAAUUGAUAGCUUGACCUCUUCGCCAGAACCGGAAAUCGAGCGAAUACUGGACAAUGACCCCAAGUGUCCGCCGACGCCGGAAGCCACCAUGAACAGCUUGCUGUCCUCGUCGGACGGAGGCGCCACCGAGUCCGAGACCGCCGAUUCCGCCGCGACCGUCGUCGAGGCCAAGCAGCGGGAUGCAGCGUGAGUAGGGCACUAAGCAGGGCACCGAUCACAGCACAAACACCCCCCACGAACAAAAAUCAACAACAACAAUCCUUCCCCCUUAAAAUUAAUACAAAACCAACAUUUGCGCAAGAAAAAACGCACAAAACUCACAAAAAACACCUCCCUCAUCUGGUAGCGGAUGCAACACACGAAAUGAACAGAAAAUCAAUAUUCUUAAGAAUUGCUGCAACAUUUUUGUACAAAUUUUUGAAAGCAGAAGAUAUUUUUAAACCCCGAUUUCCUUAGAACAAUUUUAAACAUGCCUCUAGAUAGUUUGUAAGAAACAGUUUAGCUUUUUGUAAAUACAGAUCAUCAUAUCCAAAUGGUUGAGUUUGUUCGGUUUUAAACUUUUUUUUUUGAACUAAUAUUCAACUUCUCAGUUCAGUAUCACUCAACUGUCGAUACAUUUUGUAUGACGAUAACGUGAAAAGCAAGUGCAAUAUAUUGUAAAUAAAGAUGAGAUCAUACUAAUAAAUCUUAAUGUUGUAAAUUA